CUCUCUUCUGCUCUGUGUAGGUUUGUGAAAAACCUAGAUUUCCAAAAUGAAUAAAGAUGCCCAGAUGAGAGCAACCAUUAACCAAAAGCUAAUAGAAACAGGAGAGCGAGAACGCCUUAAAGAGUUGCUGAGAGCCAAAUUAAUUGAAUGCGGCUGGAAGGAUCAGUUGAAGGCACACUGCAAAGAUGUCAUUAAAGAAAAAGGAUUGGAGCAUGUUACUGUUGAUGAUUUGGUGGCAGAAAUCACUCCUAAAGGCAGAGCCUUGGUACCAGACAGCGUAAAGAAAGAACUCUUGCAAAGAAUAAGAACCUUCCUUGCCCAGCACGCCAGUCUUUAACUUUGACCUUCAUCUGGGAUACAGUGUUGCUGUUUCUGUAUUAUGUCAAUCAUGUCAGGAUCGGAAUGCAGUUUCCAUACUUAAGGAUGGAAAAUCAUUAUUUUUUUUGUAUGAUGAGUUGAAGUUUCUUUGCACUGCAUUGAUUUCUUAAACUUGGUGUUAUUUUAAUAAAAAAUUUUGUCGACUUGUG